AUGACACCAUCCAUAGCCCUCGAUGCCACCGGCGCAUGCUCAAGCUCUCCCCCCUCCACCAAGUCUCUCUCACCCCCAGACAAUUUCCACCUACUCGUCGCAGACCUCUCCAAAACUCUAGGGCCAUCCUCGGGCCUCACAUCCGCCGACGUAGAUGUACAACAAUUGCGCUCCUUGAUGGAACACUACAUUUCCAAUGAAGAUGAAUGGCGAAAAUAUGCAUUUGCAGAUUUAAGCAGAGGCUACACGAGGAAUCUGGUCGAUGAAGGGAAUGGGAAAAGUAAUCUGUUAAUACUCGUCUGGACCCCCGGAAAAGGCUCUCCCCUGCACGACCACGCAAACGCCCACUGUCUCAUGAAGAUACUCUCAGGCAGCCUCUCAGAAACCCAAUACACCUUUCCCUCCACCUCUACCUCUACCUCUCCCUCUACGUCCCCCUACCGCUCCCAACCCGAAUCCCUCUCCACCCCACCCUCAAUAAUCAAAUCCACCACCUACACCACCAACCAAGUAACCUACAUGACCGACGAUCUCGGUCUUCACAAGAUCUCGAACCCGGAUCCUAAAAAGGUAGCCGUGAGUUUACAUUUAUACACGCCGCCCAAUGCGGCGCGGGAGGGAUGUAAUAUUUUCGAUGAGACGUCUGGGAGGAAGAGUCAUGUUACGCAAUCUAAUUUUUAUUCGGAGUUUGGGAAGAGGGUUGGGGGAGAGUUGUAA